AAGAAAAUGUCCACUUUUCGGAUUUCAAAUUCUUAAACUUCAACAUCCAUCAGACGUACAAGACGAUCCUACCGUAAAUUUCUUGCCAUGUUGAGGUGUAAAUUUCUGUAACUUUACAAUUCCUUUGCAUAUAUAAAUACCUGUUCAUGCAUGCAAGUCACAGAACUUGAAUUGUAGCAAAGCCCUUUUGAAACAUCUGAAGCAUGGCUUCAUCAUUCAUGUUUUGGAAAUUCCUCUUCUUUCUCAGCCUUGUAUUGCUUCACCAUUUCGAUGUCUUUGCUUCAUCUAAUGGUACUGAAACAGAGGCCCUUUUGAGAUGGAAAGCUAGUCUUGGCAAUGAAAGCAAGAGUUUCCUUUCUUCGUGGGUUGGAGACAGCCCUUGCAGCAGAUGGAUCGGAAUAGCUUGUGACGAAGGUGGUAGCAUCACCAAUCUCAGCCUUCCGGAUUACGGUUUGAGAGGUACACUUUACAGUCUCAACUUCUUUUCCCUCCCUAACCUGAUGAGGCUUAACCUUCAUAAUAACUCAUUUCAUGGGGGAAUUCCUUCACAGAUUGGCAAUCUUUCAAAACUCACCUUCCUUGAAUUGUCUGACAAUGAUUUCUCAGGGAAUAUGCCAUCUGAGAUUUUCUUAUUGAGAAGUCUCAAGUAUAUCUCUUUAGCAAGAAAUCAGAUCAGUGGUUCCAUUCCGGAAGCCAUAGGAAGGUUGAGUUCAGUUUCUGAAAUUUAUUUCGAAGACAACAAUCUAAGUGGUUCAAUUCCAACUUCUAUAGGAAGCUUGCAAAACUUAUCGUGGCUUGUCCUUUCUGGCAAUAGGCUAGGUGGUUCUAUACCUAAAGAAGUUGGGAACCUGUCCGUGCUCAUCGUCCUUGAGUUGCAAUUCAAUAAUUUCUCUGGAAAUAUUCCAUCUCAAAUAGGAAAUAUGAGUUCACUUGUUCACCUUCACAUUUAUGAUAACGACUUCACUGGUCCAAUACCUAUUUCAAUGGGAAACUUGCACAGAUUAUCUCGACUUAUCCUUGUUAACAAUAGACUCAGUGGCUCUAUACCUGUAGAAGUUGGAAUGUUGAGGUCACUCAAAAUGCUUGAUUUUUCAAGAAACCGCCUAACUGGUCCUAUUCCAACAUCUAUAGGAAAUUUAAGUAACUUGGAAUGGCUUUAUCUUUAUGGUAAUGACCUCUCUGGUUCCAUCCCAAAUGAAAUAGGAUUUUUUCGAUCUCUUUCCACAUUGCAGUUGCAAGGUAAUAAUCUCACUGGUGUCAUCCCUGCUGCUUCUAUAGGAAACUUGUCCAACUUAUCGAGUCUUUACCUUGAUAAUAAUAUGCUCUCCGGUUCAAUACCUCGAGAGAUUGGAAUGCUUCAAUCUCUCACUGAACUCUCAUUGAGCAACAAUACGCUUUCUGGUUCAAUCCCCACUUCUGUGGGAAAUAUGACGAGGCUUAGCGACUUAUCUCUUUCGGAUAAUCAUUUAUCAGGUCCUAUUCCUGCAACAAUUAACAAUCUUACUCGAUUGGUAAAAUUACAAUUGGGUGACAACUAUCUGAAAGGUCAGUUGCCUGAUAAUGUAUGCCGCGAUGGCUUACUUUUGAGAAAUUGCACAAGUUUAUUCAGACUUAGGCUUCAAGGAAACCAGCUUACAGGGAAUAUAUCAGAAGCUUUUGGCAUAUAUCCUAACUUGUAUUAUGCUGAAUUAAGCGACAACAAGUUUUACGGAGAACUUUCUCCCAACUGGGGGCAAUGUCCUAAUCUAGCAAGCCUAUAUAUCUCCGACAACAACAUUUCUGGGGAGAUACCUGUUGAAUUAGGACAGGCAACUCAAUUACUUGAAAUUGAUCUCUCCUUAAAUAAUCUACAUGGUGAUAUUCCGAAUGAAUUUGGAAGAUUGACAUCAUUGCUAGAUCUUUUGUUAAAUGGAAACAAACUUUCUGGAAAAAUUCCAGUAGAGAUUGGAAUGUUGUCAAAUUUGAAACUUCUAAAUUUGGCAUCAAACAAUCUUAGUGGAUCCAUUCCUGACCAACUUGGAGAGUGCUUCAAGCUACGGGGAUUGAACCUAAGCAGAAACCAAAUCAGUGAAAGUAUUCCUUCAACGAUAAGCAGUAUAUAUGCCCUUGAAACACUUGAUUUAAGUCAUAAUCUGCUGAUUGGAGAGAUACCAAGGCCACUUGGGAUUCUACAAAAAUUGGAACUGUUGAAUCUUUCUCAUAAUAUGCUUUCUGGUUCCAUCCCAUCGGCUUCUGAUGAUUGGCGAAGCUUGACAGUUGUGGAUAUAUCCAACAAUCAAUUGGAAGGCCCUUUACCUGAAAAUGCUUUUCGGAAUGCUCCAUUUGAUGCCUUAAGAGACAACAAAGGGCUUUGUGGCAAUGCAACAGGUCUAAUACCCUGUUAUGGUUUCCCUACCAUUACUAACAAAGCCCAAAAGAAAAGAAAGAAUAGACUUGUGAUUUUAAUUGUGCUGCCUGUUUUGGGUACUCCAGUUCUAUUAUUCAUUUCAAUUGGAGGCUUUUUCUUUCUUUUUCGGAAGAUUUGGAAGAGAAAAUUUAAGUCAAGGGAGGAACAAUCCCAAGAUAUUUUCGCAAUAUGGGGAUACGAUGGAGAAAUACUCUAUGAAAGCAUCAUUGAAGCUACAGAAGAUUUCAGCUCCAGCUAUUGCAUUGGAUCAGGAGGAUAUGGAAAUGUUUACAAAGUUGUGCUGCCAACAGGUCGAGUGGUUGCUGUGAAGAAACUUCACCAAUCCGAAGAUCGAAUGUUAAUCAACCUGAAAGCUUUUGAAAGUGAAAUUUGUGCUUUGGCAAACACAAGGCAUCGGAACAUUGUGAAGUUCUAUGGGUUUUGUUCGAAUUCUGAGCAGUCCUUUUUGGUUUAUGAGUUUGUGGAAAGGGGAAGUCUAAGAAUGGGUUUGAGUGUUGAGGAAAGAGCAAUGGAAUUAGACUGGAACAAGAGGAUAAAUGUCGUGAAAGGGUUAGCCAAUGCUUUGUCUUACAUGCACCAUGACUGCUCACCGCCAAUUAUUCAUCGGGACAUUUCCAGCAACAACGUUCUUUUGGAUUCGGAUUAUGAAGCUCAUGUCUCCGACUUUGGCACAGCUAGGCUUCUCAAGCCUGAUUCAACCAAUUGGACCUCAUUUGCAGGCACCUUUGGGUAUGUUGCUCCAGAGUUGGCUUAUACAAUGGAAGUUAACGACAAAUGCGACAUCUACAGUUUCGGUGUAGUAACCAUGGAAAUACUGAUGGGAAGGCACCCUGGUGAUCUUAUUUCAAGUUUAUCAUCAUCGUCAUCAUCGCUACCAAACUGGCAACAGAUUUUGUUGAAGGAUGUCAUAGAUCAACGUCUCUCAGCUCCAUUAGACCAUAUUGCAAACAAUGUGGUCUCUGCUGCUAAGCUAGCAUUUGCAUGCUUGCAUAUCAAUCCACAGUUUCGCCCAACAAUGCGACAAGUUUCUCAAGCUCUUUCCAGUCAACGGUUUCCAACGUCCAAGCCUUUCACGAUGAUAACCUUGGGAGACUUGUUUUGUUAUUAAGGUUGUUGGUGUAUGAGGUGCUUACCAUUUUAGAUUUUCAGCAAUUUUAUGUGUAGGUGUGUUUUGAGUCUUGGACUUUUAAUAAGCAUUCUUAUUGCAGCAUGAUCUGUUUAUUAAUGUCUUUAGCUUCUAGUUUUCAUGAAAGACUUUUCAAAGGUUUCACCAUGGGAGAAGCCUCUUUUAGAAUGUGUGAGAAAUCCUAAAUUAGAAAUAAUAGAAGGUUUUGAAGGUUGGUUGUAUUAUUGAGA